AUGACAGUCCUUGGAAUACAGUACAGACCAGUCCAGGACAUCUUCACGUUCAACGUCGAUUUGGAUUCGCCUCGCACUUGGACGAAACGGCUGGUUCUGUCGACUGUCGCGAGAACGUUUGAUCCCAAUGGUUGGAUAUGCCCAGUCAUAUUCUGGGCCAAAUGCUUCCUGCAGAGACUUUGGACUGCAGGUCUUGGAUGGGACGAGCCACUCCGCGAAGCUAUUUUGAAGGACUGGCUCCUGUUUGCUUCCUCAUUGCCUGCUAUCAAUAUGAUAUCGUUGCCCCGUGCUAUGCUUCCACCAGGGAAGCAUACAGCGUCCCUUCAUGGGUUUUCGGACGCUUCGGAACGUGGGUACGCAGCAGCCGUAUAUUUACGCACCGUGACCAUGGAUGGUCAGGUGAAGGUGUCAUUGGUCAUGGCGAAGAGCAAGGUUGCGCCUCUUCGAACCGCCUUGACAAUUCCUAAGUUAGAGUUGUCGGGGGCGGCCCUUCUUGCUCGCCUCUUGAAUCACGUCAUGUCAACGUUAUGCCCGUCAGUUAACAUUGCCACGGUCUAUGCAUGGACUGACAGUCAAAUUGUUCUGUGUUGGCUGAAGACGUCAGUCCACACCUUAGAGGUGUUUGUUGCAAAUCGGGUCUCUCAGAUCCAAAAAACGGAAACCCCGUUAAUCUGGAGGCAUGUGCCUGGCGAAGUCAACCCUGCUGAUUGCGCAUCACGGGGAUGUAUGGCCCCCUUUUUGGUUGAGCACUCCCUGUGGUGGGGACCUGAGUGGUUGACCAGGUCAGAAUCUAAUUGGCCGCGAACACCGGCCUUGGAUACUGUCACAUUGCCUGGGUUGCGAACCCUUGCGAUUGAACGGCGGGACCAUCCGUUCGACCCAGAUUUCCUAAUGAAUCGCUACAGCUCAUUAGACAAAUUACUGGGGGUCACCGCUUGGAUCAAGCGCUUCACCAGAAAUUGUAGACACCCACAGAACAAAUGCUUGGAGGCGUUCUUAUCGCCACAAGAGCUCCAGGAUGCUCUUCUUCAUUGGGUUCGUUCUGUGCAAGAAGAGAACUUUGAAAAUGAGAUUGAUAUUUUGAGAAAAGGCAAAUACCCUAACGAUUUGGAAGCCCUCACACCGGGCCAUUUUUUGAUUGGACGGCCGCUGAACGCCCUGCCGGAAUACCCCUAUGUUGAUGUGAAACUCAAUCGUCUCUCGCGGUUUGAAUUGAUCCAACAACUCACUCAGAGCUUUUGGAAACGUUGGAAUUUGGAAUAUUUGCAUAUUCUCCAGCAGCGCGUUAAGUGGACUGACAAGACUGAUCCACCGCAUGUUGGUGACCUCGUUCUGGUUAAGGACGCUAACUCACCGCCACUGUGUUGGCGCAGAGGGCGCAUUCUUAACCUCGUCUUUGGAGCAGAUGGAGUGCCCCGUUUUGCUGAGGUUCGGGUGGACGGUUCUGUUCUGAAGAGAGCGGUAUCAACCUUGUCACGACUGCCAAUUGAUUAG